AUGGAGAAGAAGCAAACGUUCCAACGUCUGAAACAAUCUUGCGUGGAGCUUGUUCAAGUUGUCGCAAACCUUUCGCAAAAGCCUACCGCUAAGAAAGAAACCAUUCAGUGUCUGGUUCAUUUGCUCAAAGCUCUCCAAGAAGUUACUGCCAAGCCAAGCUCUCUGGACCCAAAGCUUGCCGAGUAUGCUUUUCUCCCAAUAUCCCACGUUCUUCGAGCGUCUCAGAUAGUCCCCGUCCACGCCCUGGAACUCUGCCUGGAGUGCAUUUCCAUUCUUCUCAAAGAAGGCUGGAAGGCCGACCUCUCCACAGAACUCUUUGCACAGCUCCUCAUUCUGUUCACUUUUCUUGCCAAUCCCUCAUCUGCCGAGAAUGGUAUUCCGGCGACGUCUGAGGAGCUCCAGGCAGCUGCUUUCAAAUGCAUGACCGAGCUUCUCGCCCAGGUUUCAUCGACCCAGGAAGGAAAACGCUCCCUCAUGACAACAGCAAACGUCCCUGCCAUUGGCAAAGCUGUUCUUGUGAUGCUAGACAAUGUCGCCCUCAACGCGUCGAAUGAUGUCCGGCUUCAGGCAGUAGCAGCUCUCAAGAAGUUAAUCCUAGCCAUUGAUGAUAGAGAUACUCUUUCAAGCUUCCUUCCACGGAUCGUUUCGUCGCUAACCAAAGUACUGACACCCAGUAGCGAUAAUCGUGCAAGCUUUCGACUGCUUGAACAAGGGCUAGAGGCGCUCUCGACUCUGCUUCUUCGAGUACUUAGUGACCAGGAAACUAAAACACUUCCUUUAGAGCCACCUGAAGGAAGUGCAAGGGGCGGCGAGAAAUUCUUACGCACCACUUCGUGGCUACAAGCUACAGCGGCGCAAAUCAAAAUCGCGCUUUCAAAUGUAAUCAAGUUACGACAUCACAGCAAAAAGGAAGUACGAAACGCCCUGCUUCAACUUUGCUUGGGGAUCUCACAGGACUGCCGUACGUCUCUUUCUGGGUGCUUAGCCAUGACGAUCGAGACUUUGGUUACCCUUGCCGGUCGUAGCGGAGAGGAUUAUAUAGAGAGUGACAUCCGAACCCUCGUUUAUUCGGACCUGAAGCUUACGGAAAUUCUGCGAGAAAGCCUCCAUGGAUGGAUCAUAUCUCUUCCACGCAUGAUGCAAUCUAAAGAUGAUAUGGGUCGGCGCCAUAUCAUUCAUCAAGUCUCGGUCGCUCUGCGAUUGCUAAACAGGGAGCAGAUCGAUCUCAACAGAAUCGAUGACCUCUUAGCAGAAAACCUUCGCGAUGGCCUAAUCAACGUCUUCAAGGACUCCUCGCGAAUUAGCUCUCUGGCGGCACCAGCUACCGAUAUGAUCUUGGAUACCAGUUUACUUCUCCCCGAGGCACCAUCAACAUCAUUUCAUUCUCUACAGCUACAGUCCAAGGGACAAGAUGAUACUAUGGCGGAAUUCCAGCUCCUUCUUCAGCAAAUUGCCAAAACUGACUCAUCUCUCACCGUUGGACAGGACCUAGUCGGCUUCAUACAGAGUGGUCAAGACAAUAUGCGGCUAGCUAGCUUUUGGCUUUCUACUAACCUUCUGAGGGAAAUGACUAGAUAUAACGCGGCAGUUGACGACUUCCUGGAUUUUGGGACCCCAAGUCCGAGAGAGAGCCUACUCGAUGAGUUAUACUCUUUCUCCCUUGCCACACUCACAAACCCGGAUCGCGACUCCAACCUACAUUGGCAUUUCCAAGCCCUUGCUCUCGAAGUCGUUGCAAUGCAAGCAAUUCAAAGUAAGGAAGAUUUUCGAGUAGAACUCAUCGAAGCUCUGUAUCCAGUCCUCCACCUUCUCGGGGCUCCGAAUCCAGCUCUUCGAAAUCAUGCGAUCACAUGUCUAAAUCUCAUCGCUGAGUCUUGUGGAUACUCGAGUUCUAGCGACCUCAUCAUUUCAAAUGUCGAUUACAUCGUUAAUGCGGUUGGGCUGAAGCUUAAUUAUCACGACAUCUCCCCCCAAGCCCCCCAGGUUCUCUUGAUGAUGAUGCGGCUGUGUGGUCCGUCAUUAUUGCCAUACUUGGAUGAUCUCGUUAGCAGCAUGUUCUCCGCCCUCGAGCGUUUCCACGGUUACCCGAAAUUAGUGGAACUUCUUUUCGCAGUGUUAAAGGGGAUGGCAGAAGAAGGUGUCAAAACGCCACAGCUCAUGAUCGAACCGGGAACAGAGACGCUGCAUCAAAAGCGGCCAUGGGCGGCAACCAGCAUGUCUGAGGUCGCUGAAUUCAUGAAUAUAAUGAAGCUCGGGGCUACGAAACCAGACGAAGAACAUAGAACGGAUGGCACUCCAGAGUUCCCAAAAAGACCAUGGAAAGACGAAGCUGGUGAAACCAUACACAAUGAAACUAUUGACGAGAGUGACAGGCUGGAAAACGAAGCAGUUGAAGCUGCUGAACCUCCACCUCCAGCCUCGCGAACCUUCGAAAUUAUUCUCAAGAUAUCUGAACUUACUCAGUACUAUCUCACAUCAUCCUCUCCCACCCUACGAUCAUCUCUUCUCUCCCUUCUUCAUACAACCAUACCCGCACUCGCAAAGCACGAGAAUUCGUUCUUACCGCUUAUCAACACCAUCUGGCCCGUUCUACUCGCAAGGCUAGAAGAUCCUGAAGGUUACGUUGUAUCUAACGCUUUGGAUAUUGUGGGUCUCAUGUGCACCUACGCGGGCGAUUUCAUGAAAGGGCGAAUUGAGGGCAUGUGGGAAGACCUCAAAGCAAUUCAACGGCGUACAGUCAAAGCAACCGAGAAUCGGAGUGAAAGAAGAAACAAUACCAACUCUAUGCCGUUCAGUGUACCUGAGGAGACCGCAGUUCUCACAACAGACUCUGAGUUCCGACCAGCCGACAUGGAGUUUUAUGUUGAUGUGCCUACACGAUUGAUUUGGAAUAGUAUGGUUCUAUUGUUAUGUUCAAUAGCUGAGCAUGUUGCAGUCCGUGAGGAAGUUUUCGACGAUAUGCUAGACGUCCUAGACCCGGUUCUUGAGAGCAGUAUCGUGCGUAAGGCCUUAGAGGGACGAAACUCGGAUGCAGUGUGGCUUCGCCAAUCCAAGAAAGGCAAUCCUCCGGGAUCUAUCCCGGAUACUAGGGCAACCUGGCCAAAGAAAACAUCGCUACUGACUGGCAAGCCUCGUUGGAACUUCGUACAAUCUCGAUUUCAAUAACAAAGGAAAGAACAAUCACUCACGAUAUCUCCUACCAUAAUUGAGCCACUCUAAUCCUGCCUCGAAAUUCCUUUUGGCUUUCUUUCUUAAUACUUCCCACAGGAUUCUGUCAUCCUUGUUUGUACCAGAGGUUGCACUCGCGAG